AUGUCUCUGCCACGAUAUCAGACAAACACCCCCCUUCACCCAACCUUUGAGAAGGAUAUCCUCAACACUCAUCUUAUCUACGACUACGACGCCACAGACGCAGAAGGAAACCCCGAGAAAUGGCGUUAUGAAAUCUGGUUCUUCUCCAACGACCGAGUCGUCUACGCCAUUCACGGUGGCCCAAUGGCUGGCCGUAUCAACUACCAAACCGUAGCCUACCAAUGCGUUCGACCAGAAGAGCUAUGGCAGAUCAACUGGCUCGAAGAGACUGGAACAAUUGUAUCUCUUGUUUACGACAUUACCAACAAGACCAUCAGCGGUAUGCUGGGCUUCUCAAAGGGCCAUUGGGAGCACGCGUCAGAAGCACACGGCGACAAGAGGAACCCAGACGAUUUCAACAGGUGGAAAGAGUUGGCAAACAUUGGAAAGCAGACUGAUAGAUUCAUUUUGACGGAGCAGGCCAAGAUUCUCGAGGUGUUCAAGGGCCAGGGUGAUUUGAAGCCAAUCAAGCAAGAGGACCCAACAUUUUAG